CGCCACGCCGAUAUUCCAGGCCACACUAAAUUCGAAGAUAAUUUCAAAAAUUCCCCGAACCAAACUCCGAGCCUCAGGCUUGGCGCAGCCUUCGUACAUCAAAAGAUUCAAAACCCACAUUCACACCUCAAGUCUGAACACGCAUUUUCGCUCUCGCCCUUUUGCCUUUUCUUAACCGAGAAACUUUUUUUUUCUUCUUCAAAUUCUUCACAUAACCGUUAAUUUUUGCGUUUCUAGUUUUUGGAAUUCGCACGGCGAUGGCGGAGCAGGAGGAAAUCUCAGAUCCGAGGGAGUCUUUGGUUGAUAAAAUCUCCGAUAAGUUUCACGGCAGCAGCGGCGGCGAUACGUCGUCGUCUUCGGACUCGGACUCCGAGCCUCGAAGGGAACCGGCGCCACCUUCUCCGGUCAAGGCGAAGAUCUACCGGCUGUUCGGCCGGGAAAAACCGGUUCACGAGGUGUUUGGUGGAGGCAAACCUGCUGAUGUAUUCUUGUGGAGGAACAAGAAAAUAUCUGCCUCAGUGCUUGGUGUGGCGACUGCUAUUUGGGUUCUGUUCGAGUUGCUCGAGUAUCAUCUUCUUACUCUGGUGUGCCACAUUGUGAUCCUCGCCAUCUCAUUGUUGUUCUUGUGGUCGAACUAUUUACCGGUUAAAUUAAUCCUAUCCGUUUUGUCUAUGCCGUUUAGGAAACCUCCUCGCCUUCCUGAAGUUCGCCUUCCAGAAGAACCAUUUGUUGAGGUUGCAUCUGCCCUUCGUGUUGAGAUCAAUCGCGCUCUUGUUGUGUCGAGGGAAAUUGCAUCUGGCAAGGAUCUCCAGAAGUUUCUUCUGGUUGUUUUUGUCCUUUGGGCUCUUUCCAUAUUGGGCAGCUUCUGCAAUUUCUUGACGUUGUCUUUCAUAGUGUUUGUGCUGCUGUACACGGUGCCUGUCUUGUACGAGAAGUAUGACGAUAAAAUUGAUGCUUUUGCUGAAAAAGCAAGCAUCGAGAUCAAGAAGCAGUAUGCUGUGUUCGACAGCAAGGUUCUUAGCAAGAUACCUAAGGGACCGUUGGAGAAAAAGCGGGCGUAGAUCCUUAUUGGAUGUAAUGUAAUGACUUAAAUCUGUGCAUUUAAAGUAAAGACUUUUGAGAUGUUUUGGUUAUAAAAUAUGUAAUCAUGAGUAUGGAAUCUUUCGUGUUUAGAUAAUUGUAAUGUGGAUACUUGUCGUGUUCAGAUAAUCGUAUGCAGAUGGGGAGUUUGAAUCGUACUAUCAUAAGCAAUAUAUUCUUGUGCACUUAAAAAUAAUUUUUUGACGCAAUAUAAGCAUCAGAUAAAAGCUUGUUCACAC